UAAUCCUCUCCAGCUUCCAGAGCACCAUCAAGGAAUUUUAAAAACAUUGGACUUCCAGCAGCUAAAUACUUCUGAGGAUUCAGAAGGCCACAAAGCUAGAUACACAAGCAUUCUUUUUCCCUUCAGAAGAUUCUUCAGGUUUCCAGUUUAAGCUGUGAAGUGCAAACAGCAAUCCAACAUUCAGUGCAGGUCACGCACUGCUGGAAGAGGAGAUGUGUUUUCUGACCAAGCAUCCAGCUCUUGGGGUGGUAUGUUCUGCUUUCAUAUUCAGCGUGCUCAUUGCUGAAGGACAGCCUGGGGAAGAGCAUGGGCAGGAUGGCAGCAAUCCUCCCAGCAGAGGCUCUCUGGUGGAAGUUUUACGCAUUCUCUCAGCUGAAAACACUGAGCUCCACAUGAACCACUCACGAGAACUGGUCAAAAUGUUACUGGAGAGAGCUGAGUGCCCACAGCGGAUUUAUGGCAUGCAAGAGGAUUGUAAUCUGUGCCUUGAACCAGAUGCUUUGUUACUAAUAGCUGGAGGAGAUUUAGAAGACCAUCUCAGUGAAGAAGUAUUUGAGAGAAUUUCUCUUAUUCUUCUCUACUACAUUCUUCAUCGUAGAGAUAUGUGUUCUUCAGAAUUCAGCUUGAAUAAUAAGGAUUAUAAAUUUUACCUACAGAGUAUGCUUAGUUUAAGACAUGAUGAAGACUGUUAUUAUUUUUCACGGAAUGAAACUGAAGAUAUUUUAGCUGCAGUAAGGCAACAUUUUAAAACUUCUGAAAACCAGUGUGUUGAUGUGAGCACUCUGGAGAAAAAUGCUGAUAUAAUGGACAGAGAUGGUGCUGAUGAAAACACUCUUCCACGCCUGGCUGCUUUGAUCCUUACUCUGGCUCUCCAAGGAGUCUGUAUGGGGAAAGCAAGUUUGCCUUCUCCAGAAUUCUUUAUAAAAUAUAUUUUCAGUUCUCUAAAUAGUACCACUGAGCUCCAAGUGACAGAACUAGAACAACUACUAAAUGUGCUUACAGCCAGAAAGACCUGCACUGUAAAUGGACAAUUUCACAGUCACAAAAGAAGACGUUACAGUAUGGCAAUCAGAGAUAUUGGAAGAAGAGAUACUCCAGUCAAAGGAAACCAUACAAAAGAAGACUAUCUGAAAGGCUAUUUUGAAGAUCGUGAAAGGAGCACAGAUUGGGACCAGGUUUGUUUCUCUGCCAAUGAACUUGUGAAGAUAUUUUUGAAAAACAGUUCUUCCUCCAUUUCUAAGGACCACUUCAAGCAAAUCAGUCCAGCUAUCAUUCAACAACUUUUAAGUUGUUCAUGUCCGCUUCCUGACUUCAAACAGACAAAGCUUCCACCAACAGCUGUGGAAAAAUAUGGUUACAGCACUGUUGCUGUUUUACUUAUUACUAUUGGAUCUAUGUUUGGUACAACUCUCAUUUUAUUUAACUCCUGUCAAGAAAUCUAUACACUCAUUUUACAGCUGUUUGUCGGUUUGGCUGUUGGAACCCUUUCUGGAGAUGCAUUGCUGCAUCUUAUUCCUCAGACUCUUGGUUUGCAUAAACAUGAAACACAAGACAUAGAACAUUUCUAUGAGGGAAAAGAAUAUAUUUGGAAACUUUUAGGAAUAAUUGGAGGAAUUCAUGGAUUUUUUCUGAUAGAAAAGUGUUUCUUUCUUUUGGUAACACCUCGUGACCAGAGGAGCUCAGAAGAUUCUGAACCUGCUGAAGUUCCUCCAGAGAGCAAGGUGAUCAGCAAAAAAAGUAAAAAAAUCAGCUUGUUAGCAAUAAUGGUUCUGGUGGGUGACAGUCUUCACAAUUUUGCUGAUGGCUUGGUAAUAGGAGCAGCAUUCUCAUCCUCAACAGAAACAGGUGUGACAACGACGAUUGCUAUUUUAUGCCAUGAAAUUCCUCAUGAAAUGGGAGAUUUUGCUGUGCUGCUGAGUACAGGGCUUCCCACGAAGACUGCAAUUUUGAUGAAUUUUAUAAGUGCACUAACAGCAUUCUUAGGACUUUAUAUUGGCCUUUCUCUAUCGACUGACCCAUCCAUUCAAAACUGGAUUUUUACUAUUACAGCUGGAAUGUUCUUGUAUUUAUCUUUAGCAGAAAUGCUUCCUGAAAUGACUCAUAUUCAGACACGGCGACCCUGGUUGAUGUUUCUCUUACAGAACCUUGGAUUACUAUUAGGCUGGCUUUGCCUCUUACUUUUGGCUGUAUUUGAACAGAAAAUCAAAAUAUAAGUUUUCUGUUGGAAAUCUCGAAGUACCACUUAUGACAGUGGAUAGAGCAUUAUUCACAAUUUGUCAUGUCUGCCAUAGUGAUAUGUAAAUUAAGUUGCUGGGAUUUUAUAUCUGAACAGUAGAUAACUAUUUUACUUUAUUAACUUAUUGUUCAGAUUUUUGUAAUUAUUUUUUUUUGUAAACAUGAAUGUUUAGAAUUAUGUUUUAUUUGUUACUGAGUUUACCAGAUCCCAUGCUCAAACUCACAGGAGCUUUUAAUUAGUUUUUAUUGAGACUGUUCUAGUUGAAUGCUAUAAGUGAUCUCUGCCAGUCUGAUUGAAGAAAAGAAUAAAACACUUUUAUAUGCAAUAAUUAAAGUGGACUAACCGUAGCUGAAUAAUUUGAAUACAGAAUGUUUUUUCACCUUUUAGUACAAAGAAUUAUUUCUUUAAAUCUAAAAAGAGUAGCAAAGCUUAACUGCUAAAUGGCAUAAAGC